AUGGGUUGGUCAAUCAGGAGCAGCAUAGAUGGCAAUGGAUUGGAUUCUCCUCCUCAACAUGGCACCAGUGGUAGGACUCGAUUAUUUAGGGCUAUUCAAGCUCUUCAAGUCAAAUUGAAUGCUAGAAUCCAGGAGAUCAAGAAUGGUUUUCAUGAAAGCGCUGGACAAACUGGUGACUGGGAUAUUUUGUCUGCUGGCUUGGCUGUGAUUGUGGUUGAGGGAAUUGGUGCUCUCAUGUACAAAGCUUCUUUUCCUCUACUCAACAACAUCAAGAGCCUUAUUACCAUGUUUAAUUUUUGGAAGGCUGGGCUUUCCUUGGGUCUUUUCUUGGAUGCAUUCAAAUACGAAAUAGAUAACAUUCUUGGGUUACCCAACCCUUUUAAUUUGAAUUAG